AUGGAAACAGGCGGACGAGGUGGAGGCUUCCAGUCUGGGGGCAACCGGGGUCGAGGUGGUGGCCGGGGAGGCAAAAGAGGAAACCAGUCAGGGAAGAAUGUGCUGGUGGAGGCACACCGGCAUGAAGGCGUCUUUAUCUGUCGUGGAAAGGAGGAUGCUCUUGUCACAAAGAAUCUGGUCCCUGGAGAGUCUGUGUAUGGAGAGAAGAGAGUCUCUAUUUCAGAGGGAGAUGACAAGAUUGAAUACCGAGCCUGGAACCCCUUCCGCUCCAAGCUAGCAGCAGCAAUCCUGGGCGGUGUAGACCAGAUCCACAUCAAGCCUGGGGCCAAGGUGCUGUACCUUGGCGCCGCCUCGGGCACCACCGUCUCCCACGUGUCUGAUAUUGUUGGCCCGGAUGGUCUAGUCUAUGCAGUUGAGUUCUCCCACCGCUCUGGCCGUGACCUCAUCAACUUGGCCAAGAAGAGGACCAACAUCAUCCCCGUGAUCGAAGAUGCCCGGCACCCACACAAGUACCGCAUGCUUAUCGCAAUGGUGGAUGUGAUCUUCGCUGAUGUGGCCCAGCCAGAUCAAACCCGGAUUGUAGCCUUGAAUGCCCACACCUUCCUACGGAAUGGAGGACACUUUGUGAUUUCCAUUAAGGCCAACUGCAUCGACUCCACGGCCUCAGCAGAAGCUGUGUUUGCGUCUGAAGUGAAGAAGAUGCAGCAGGAGAACAUGAAGCCGCAGGAGCAGCUGACACUGGAGCCCUACGAACGGGACCACGCUGUGGUUGUGGGCGUGUAUAGGCCGCCUCCCAAGGCGAAGAACUGAAACUCCGAGCUGUCUGGAGCAGGAAGAACUGUGUCGUUACUGUUGCACGUGUGCUUUUGUUUUUUGUUUUUUUUUUU